GUCAAUAUACCAUCGGUCAGUAAUCAAAUUCAUCAUUGACAAUUUUUUACAUGAUUUUUUCCUAGUUUAUUAGAAUUGUACACCUUGACAUUGACCGUAGACUGUGUUUUUUAAUCCGUGAUAGUGUUACCACGUGUUACUCAUUUCUAAUUUUGUAAUGAUCAGCCGAAGCUAAAGCAUUGUUAAUGUUUUGUGAUUUGUAAACUUUUUAUUCCGCCUCUAGCAAUGGGGGAUUCUUUAGAAGGGACCGAAAACACUCCGGAGCCCCAGAAUGUCGCUCUGGUGGACUUUACCGAUUUUACUAACUAUAUUUUAAAGGCGGCAACGGUACUGUUACCUGAGGAUGAUUCACAAGCGGAACCGAAAAACCUGGUGAACGCCCUCGACGACAAAGCAACCCAAGAAUGUAUAAGGAAAUUUAUUGGCGAUCCCCAAAUCACCACUCUGUUCGUUCAGAGGAAUUCAUCCAAAGAUGAUGAUUCAGAUCAACCACCAGAAGGUGAAGAAGAAAAAGAACCAGUGAUAUACUAUGUUGGAAAUGAAGUUCAUUAUUCCAGCUCAAAGAUGUCCAGUUUGGUUUGUAUUAAACGGGGAGCAGUAAUUGAAGCAGACAAAAGUAUUAGAGCUCAGGUGCGCAUGUUGAACUUCAGUGAUGGUUCUCCAUACGAAAUUCUGCACGAUUAUGUCAGCAAGAGUGUCGCACCGUUCUUUAAGUCGUAUGUUAAGGAAUCUGGACGAGCAGACAGAGAUGGUGACAAAAUGGCGCCCUCUGUUGAGAAGACGAUCGCCGAACUGGAAAUGGGUUUGCUUCAUUUACAACAAAACAUCGACAUUCCAGAAAUUACAUUACCGGUACAUCCCUACGUGGCCUCCCUGAUAAAACAGUGUGCCGCAGACGAAUUUAGAAAACCUAAAGUGUCCGAUUUCAGCGAUAAGGUCGAAGAUUCCAACUUUUUAAACCAGUUGCAGCAUGGCGUCAAUAGAUGGAUCAAGGAAAUUCAAAAAGUGACUAAAUUAGACAGAGAUCCUUCUUCUGGUACUGCUCUACAAGAGAUCAGUUUUUGGUUAAAUUUGGAAAGAGCAUUGCAUAGGAUACAAGAAAAAAGGGAGAGCUUAGAAGUAUCUCUUACACUGGAUAUAUUGAAACAUGGAAAGCGAUUCCAUGCUACCGUGUCUUUCGAUACGGACACCGGAUUAAAACAAGCCAUCGCGACGGUGAACGACUACAAUCCUCUCAUGAAAGACUUCCCCAUCAACGAUUUACUGGCCGCCACAGAGCUGGAAAGGAUCAGAGCCGCCGUACAACUGAUUUUUUCUCAUCUGCGAAAAAUCCGUUCCACCAAGUAUCCGAUUCAGCGAUGCCUCAGGCUGGUCGAAGCCAUAUCGCGAGACUUAGGCGCUCAGCUGCUCAAGGUUUUGGGCACGAGAAGACUGAUGCACAUUCCGUACGACGAGUUUGAGAAGGUGAUGAUACAGUGCUUUGAAGUGUUCGCCAUUUGGGAGGACGAGUAUGAGAAGCUGCAAGCUUUACUAAGGGACAUCAUGAAGAAGAAACGAGACGAGCAUAUGAAGAUGGUGUGGCGCAUCUCCGCCCAGCACAAGAAACUGCAAAAUCGUAUGGAACAGAUGCGCAAGUUCCGCAGGCAACACGAGCAGCUACGUAUGGUGAUCGUGCGCGUUCUGAGGCCUUCCAUUAGAGAGGCCGCAGUUCAAGCCGAAGGUGAAGAGCUGGAAGCUCCGAAACCGACGUUUUCCUUGGAUGCGGCAGACGCUAACGCAAUCGAGGAAGUCAAUUUGGCUUACGAAAACGUGAAAGAAGUUGACUGCCUGGAUAUCUCCAAGGAAGGUCAGGAUGCUUGGGACGCGGCCGUCCAGCGAUACGAAGAGCGCAUCGAUCGCGUCGAAACGCGCAUCACCGCCCAUCUCAGAGACCAGCUGGGUACCGCCAAAAACGCAAACGAAAUGUUUAGGAUUUUUUCCCGAUUCAACGCUUUGUUCGUCAGGCCUCACAUCAGAGGCGCUAUUCGAGAAUACCAAACCCAUUUGAUACAGAGGGUCAAAGAUGAUAUCGAAGCAUUACACGAGAAAUUCAAGGUUCAGUAUCCUCAAAGUAACAACGCCAAAAUUAGUAAAUGCCGCGAUCUACCACCAGUGGCAGGAUCAAUCGUUUGGGCUAAACAAAUUGACCAUCAACUUACAACAUACCUGAGAAGAGUUGAAGAUGUUUUAGGUAAAGGCUGGGAGAAUCACAUCGAAGGGCAAAAACUGAAAGCCGACGGUGACAGUUUCCGUGUGAAGCUCGACACUCAAGAAAUAUUCGACGAGUGGGCCCGCAACGUGCAGCAGCGCCAACUGGGCGUAUCUGGGCGCAUUUUUACCAUCGACGCUGUCAGGGCUAAGAACGGUCGUGGCAACGUCCUGAAGUUACGCGUCAACUUCCUACCGGAAAUUAUAACCUUGUCCAAGGAAGUGCGUAAUUUGAAGUCUCUGGGAUUCAGAGUUCCCUUAGCUAUCGUGAACAAGGCUCACCAGGCUAACCAACUGUAUCCUUUCGCCAUCUCACUGAUUGAAAGUGUGAGGACCUACGAAAUGACUUUAGAAAAGAUUGAAGAUAAGGCGAGUAUAAUACCGCUCGUGGCUGGGAUGAGAAAGGACGUUCAGGCUUUGAUUCAGGAAGGAGCCUCGUUGGUCUGGGAAAGUUACAAACUCGAUCCUUACGUCGAGAAGUUCUCCGAGAGAAUCGUCAGUUUCCAGGAGCGCGUCGAGGAAUUAGUGAUAAUCGGCGAACAGGUGGAAGUGGACGUUAGGUCUUUGGAAACAUGCCCGUACUCGGCAAAUACGUUUGCUGAUAUACUGUCAAAGAUUCAACACGCUGUGGACGACUUAUCCCUGAAGCAGUAUUCUAAUUUGCAUAUAUGGGUUACCCGACUAGACGAAGAGGUAGAGAAAAACUUAGCUCGACGUUUACAAGCUGGCAUUGAAGCUUGGACAGAUGCUCUAACUGGUACCAAGCAGGACGUAGACCAUAGUAUGGAUACAGAUGCCCCUGCGCAACCCACUCACAAGCCUGGAGGGGAUCCGCAAAUUCAAAUAAUGAUUCACGAGGUUAGAAUUACAAAUCAAACUAUGUAUUUGUACCCAAGCAUUGAAGAAGCGAGGUUCCAGAUCAUGCAACAACUAUUUGCUUGGGAAGCGAUUGUAACAUCUCAGCUUAGACUACAAAGCACCAGAUACCAAGUUGGAAUUGACAAGCCUAUAACUGAAACGUAUAGAAACAUCUUGACCAAACUCCCAACGGGAUCUCAACCUUUGAAAAACGCAUAUAAUGCGAUUUCUGGAAAAGUUAAAGAGGUUCAAAAAUAUGUCAAUCAAUGGCUCACUUACCAAUCAUUGUGGGACCUGCAAGCCGAUACAUUAUACGGUCAGUUGGGCGAAGACAUAAGCAAAUGGAUGCGAUGCCUAAACGAUAUUAAAACAACAAGGUCCACUUUUGACACUUCCGACACUCGUCGUGAAUUUGGACCCCUUGUCAUCGACUUUGCUAAAGUUCAAAGCAAAGUUUCGCUCAAAUAUGACUCUUGGCACAAGGAAACGUUGAGCAAGUUUGGCGCUUUGCUCAGCAACGAAAUGUCCACUUUCCAUAGUAGUGUGUCCAAAUCAAGGUCGGAUUUGGAAUUGCAAAGUAUUGAAGCGGCCAGUACUUCUGAUGCCGUGACCUUUAUUACUUAUGUGCAACAAUUAAAGAAGAAUAUGAAGGAAUGGGAAAAACAGGUUGAGGUUUACAGAGAAGGUCAACGAAUUCUGGAACGUCAACGGUUCCAAUUUCCAACAAAUUGGUUACACGUGGAAAACCUCGAAGGUGAAUGGGGCGCAUUUAACGAAAUCAUCAAACGGAAAGACUCCUCCAUCCAAACUCAAGUCUCCAGUUUGCAACAGAAGAUCGUUUCCGAAGACAAGGCUGUGGAAAGCCGAACACACGAUUUCUUAGGAGAUUGGGAAAAGAGUAAACCAGUCGAAGGACACUUACGUCCCGACGAAGCAUUGUCCCAGUUACAACUGUUUGAAAGCAAAUUUGCUCGGCUCAAAGAAGAACGUGACAACGUCGCUAAAGCCAAAGAGGCUUUGGAACUACAAGAGCCUGGUGGUACCAGUACUAGCGAGGAUCGAAUGCAAGUGGUGUAUGAGGAGUUACAAGAUUUAAGAGGUGUAUGGUCGGAGCUGUCGAAAAUUUGGCAGCAAAUUGAUGAAACACGUGAAAAACCAUGGUUAUCUGUUCAACCACGAAAACUUCGCCAGCAACUCGAUACCAUGUCGACGCAACUUAAAGAACUACCCGCGCGUUUACGGCAAUACGCGUCAUAUGAAUACGUCAAGAAAAUGCUCCAGAACUGCACCAAAGUCAACAUGCUGAUCGUUGAACUGAAAUCCGAUGCCUUAAAGGAACGUCAUUGGAAACAGCUGAUGAAACAGCUCCGCGUCAACUGGGUGCUCAGCGAUCUGACUUUGGGUCAAGUGUGGGACGUGAACUUGCAAAAAAACGAAUCUAUUGUAAAAGAUAUCAUUCUGAUUGCCCAAGGUGAAAUGGCUUUGGAAGAGUUCUUGAAGCAAGUGAGGGAAUCUUGGCAGACCUACGAACUGGAUUUGAUUAAUUAUCAGAACAAGUGCAAGCUUAUAAGAGGAUGGGACGAUCUUUUCAAUAAGGUAAAAGAACAUAUAAAUUCCGUGGCUGCCAUGAAACUUUCCCCCUACUAUAAAGUGUUUGAGGAAGAAGCUUUAACUUGGGAAGAGAAACUGAACAGAAUUAAUGCCCUAUUUGACGUCUGGAUCGAUGUCCAGAGGAGAUGGGUUUAUUUAGAGGGUAUUUUCUCUGGAAGUGCCGACAUUAAAACUUUAUUGCCCGUCGAAACAUCUCGUUUCCAUAGCAUAAGUUCUGAAUUUUUGGGAUUAAUGAAGAAAGUUAGCAAAUUUCCAAUGGUCAUGGAUGUGCUGAAUAUACCUGGGGUACAAAGGGCUCUGGAACGUCUCGCCGAUCUCUUAGGAAAAAUCCAAAAGGCUCUGGGUGAAUAUCUCGAAAGAGAAAGGACAUCUUUCCCUCGUUUUUACUUCGUUGGUGAUGAGGAUCUAUUGGAAAUUAUUGGUAACAGUAAAAACAUUGCCAGACUACAAAAGCAUUUCAAGAAAAUGUUUGCCGGCGUUGCUUCCAUCAUUUUAAAUGAAGAUAAUACAGUUAUCACCGGUAUUGCUUCUAGAGAAGGCGAAGAGGUUCUCUUCAGAACACCGGUUUCUACCGUCGAACAUCCCAAGAUUAAUGAAUGGCUAAGUCUUGUCGAAAAGGAAAUGCGCGUUACCUUAGCUUCGAGCCUAGCUCAAGCUGUGCAGGACAUCAAACAGUUCAAAGAUGGCAUAGACCCCAAACUGUUUAUGGAAUGGUGCGACAAAUAUCAAGCUCAAAUCGUUGUAUUGGCAGCUCAGAUAUUCUGGAGCGAGGAUGUAGAAGCUGCUUUGUCAAAAAUGAAUGGAGAACCACAGAAAGGUCCGUUGGAAAAAGUGCUGCAACAAGUCGAGAAUACCUUGAAUGUAUUGGCCGAUUCAGUGCUUCAAGAACAACCUCAGUUAAGAAGAAAGAAAUUGGAACAUUUGAUUAAUGAAUUUGUGCAUAAGAGAACCGUUACUAGGAAGCUUAUAGUUUCUGGAGUGUGCAGCAAUAAAGCUUUUGAAUGGCUUUGUCAAAUGAGAUUUUACUUUGAUCCUCGUCAAACUGAGGUUCUAAAACAACUAACCAUCCACAUGGCUAAUGCAAGAUUCUACUACGGCUUUGAGUAUCUUGGUGUCCAAGAUAGACUCGUCCAAACGCCUUUGACCGACAGAUGCUAUUUGACAAUGACGCAAGCUUUAGAAGCUAGAUUAGGAGGAUCGCCUUUUGGCCCGGCUGGUACUGGUAAAACUGAGUCCGUCAAAGCUCUCGGCAAUCAGCUGGGUCGCUUCGUGUUGGUGUUUAACUGCGACGAGACAUUCGAUUUUCAAGCGAUGGGUAGAAUUUUCGUCGGUUUGUGUCAAGUAGGCGCGUGGGGUUGUUUUGACGAAUUCAACAGGUUAGAAGAGAGAAUGCUAUCGGCGGUAUCUCAACAAAUCCAAACUAUCCAAGAAGCCCUUAAGAGCCAGAAAGAAAGUAGCGACAGUCAAGGACAGCAAGGAGGCAGUAUCAGCGUGGAAUUGGUCGGAAAACAAGUCAGAGUUUCCCCAGAUAUGGCAAUCUUUAUUACUAUGAACCCCGGGUAUGCCGGAAGGUCCAACUUGCCCGACAAUUUGAAGAAACUCUUUAGGUCGUUGGCUAUGACCACACCAGAUAGGCAGCUUAUUGCUGAAGUUAUGUUAUUCUCGCAAGGUUUUAGAUCUGCUGAAAAGUUAGCCUGUAAAAUUGUACCCUUCUUCAAGCUUUGUGAUGAACAGCUGUCCAACCAGUCGCAUUACGAUUUUGGGCUUCGGGCCUUAAAAUCGGUGCUUAUUUCUGCUGGAAACGUAAAACGAGACAGGAUACAAAGAAUAAAAGAAAACAUGAAGCAGAGAGGAGAAACAAAUAUUGAUGAAGCUAGUAUUGCUGAAAACUUACCGGAACAAGAGAUUUUAAUUCAGUCAGUUUGUGAAACUAUGGUGCCCAAAUUGGUAGCUGAAGAUAUUCCUCUUCUCUUUAGUUUAUUGAAUGAUGUGUUCCCGAAUGUUCAAUACACCAGAGCUGAAAUGAAGGGAUUAAAAGAUGAAAUUCGUAAAGUUUGUGCCGAAGAAUACUUGGUUUGCGGCGAAGGAGACGAGCAAGGUUCCGCUUGGAUGGAGAAGGUAAAUGAGCAAGGUUCCGCUUGGAUGGAGAAGGUUCUUCAAUUAUACCAAAUCUGCAACUUAAACCAUGGUUUGAUGAUGGUGGGCCCAAGCGGUUCUGGAAAAAGUUCCGCAUGGAGAGUACUUCUUAAAGCACUGGAACGAUUUGAAGGUGUGGAAGGUGUAGCCCAUGUUAUUGAUCCUAAAGCCAUCAGCAAGGAAGCAUUGUACGGUGUUCUGGAUCCCAACACUAGAGAAUGGACAGAUGGUCUCUUUACUCACAUACUAAGGAAAAUCAUUGACAACGUAAGAGGUGAAAUUAAUAAACGCCAAUGGAUAAUAUUCGAUGGCGAUGUAGAUCCAGAAUGGGUAGAAAAUUUGAACUCUGUCCUGGAUGAUAACAAAUUGCUUACGCUACCUAACGGCGAACGUCUUUCUCUGCCACCUAAUGUCCGUGUAAUGUUUGAGGUGCAAGAUCUGAAAUACGCUACUCUAGCCACCGUUUCUCGUUGUGGUAUGGUAUGGUUUUCGGAAGAUGUAUUAACCACGGAAAUGAUCUUCGAGAACUACAUGCUUCGUCUUAAACAUAUUCCUCUAGAGGAAGGAGAAGACGAUAGCUUUGGAAAGAAAAUAGAAAACAAGGAAGAUACAGUGUCUCCUACACUACAAGUACAGCAGGAUGUUGCCAAUCUGCUUCAACCGUUCCUUCAACCGGAUGGUUUAGUCAUCAGAUGUUUAGAACAUUCAAUGGAACAGGAACAUAUUAUGGACUUUACCAGACUAAGAGCUUUGAGUUCGCUGUUUUCUAUGUUAAAUCAGAGCGUCAGGAAUGUUUUACAAUACAAUCACUCCCACAACGACUUUCCUUUAGCCUUCGAAACCUUGGAACGCUACAUUCCCAAAUGUUUAAUUUACGCUAUACUAUGGAGCUUCGCCGGCGAUGCCAAGCUUAAAGUUCGUUCGGAGUUAGGCGACUUUGUCAGAUCUAUUACAACGGUACCGCUUCCUCCCGACAACAAUACGCCAAUAAUCGAUUACGAGGUCACCAUAGAAGGGGAAUGGGCGCCUUGGUCUAACAAGGUACCUCAGAUUGAAGUGGAGACCCAUAAAGUCGCUUCUCCAGAUAUUGUAGUACCCACAUUGGAUACCGUACGACACGAGUCGCUGUUGUACACUUGGUUAGCGGAACACAAACCCUUAGUAUUAUGUGGUCCACCCGGUUCAGGCAAAACCAUGACAUUAUUCUCGGCUUUAAGAGCUCUGCCUGACAUGGAAGUAGUUGGUCUCAAUUUCUCGUCGGCCACAACUCCCGAACUUUUGCUUAAAACCUUUGAUCACUACUGCGAGUACAGAAAAACACCUAACGGAGUUGUUCUAUCACCAGUACAGCUUGGUAAAUGGUUGGUACUAUUCUGCGACGAAAUUAAUUUACCGGACAUGGACAAUUACGGUACCCAGCGCGUUAUAAUGUUCUUGCGUCAAAUAGUCGAACAGAAAGGAUUCUACAGAGCCAGCGAUCAAACUUGGGUGUCUUUAGAACGCAUCCAGUUUGUGGGGGCUUGUAACCCACCUACUGAUCCAGGAAGGAAACCACUUUCCCACAGAUUCCUUCGACAUGUUCCAGUAAUUUACGUCGAUUAUCCUGGAGAAACUUCGCUGAAACAAAUCUACGGCACAUUUACAAGGGCUAUGCUGCGUCUCACUCCGGGAUUAAAAGGUUACGCCGAACCAUUGACAAACGCUAUGGUUGAGUUUUAUUUGGCCUCCCAGGACAGAUUCACUCAAGAUAUGCAACCGCAUUACGUGUACUCGCCUCGUGAGAUGACCAGAUGGGUACGUGGAAUAUGUGAGGCUAUAAGACCACUGGAUAGCUUAAGUGUAGAAGGUCUGGUAAGACUCUGGGCCCACGAGGCUUUGCGUCUCUUCCAAGACAGACUAGUCGAAGAUUCUGAAAGGCAAUGGACCAACGAGAACAUCGACUCGGUCGCCCUGAAACACUUCCCUUCGGCGAAUUGCGAAAGGGCACUGGAAAGGCCAAUUCUUUACAGCAACUGGCUUUCGAAGGACUACACGCCCGUGGAGAGGGAGAAGCUUAGGGAAUACGUUAAAGCCAGGCUAAAGGUGUUCUACGAAGAGGAACUGGACGUGCCUCUGGUACUUUUCGACGAAGUGCUGGAUCACGUUUUGAGGAUUGACAGGAUAUUUAGGCAACCUCAAGGGCAUUUGUUACUGAUCGGUGUUUCCGGUGCUGGUAAAACGACGUUGUCUCGAUUUGUUGCCUGGAUGAAUGGAUUAUCUAUCUUCCAAAUUAAGGUUCAUAAUAAAUACACGGCUGAAGAUUUUGAUGAAGAUUUAAGAUCAGUAUUGAGACGAUCUGGGUGCAAAGAUGAAAAAAUCGCUUUUAUUUUGGACGAAUCUAACAUGCUGGAUUCCAGCUUCUUGGAGAGAAUGAACACAUUAUUAGCCAAUGGGGAAGUUCCCGGCUUGUUUGAGGGCGAUGAAUACACAACAUUGAUGACACAGUGCAAGGAAGGAGCUCAGCGAGAAGGUUUGAUGUUAGAUUCAAGCGACGAACUCUACAAGUGGUUCACCCAACAAGUAAUGCGCAAUUUACACGUUGUCUUUACUAUGAAUCCAUCUACCGAUGGUCUCAAGGAUAGAGCUGCCACCUCCCCUGCAUUGUUCAACAGAUGCGUCUUGAAUUGGUUCGGAGAUUGGUCUGAUGGAGCUUUGUUCCAAGUUGGAAAAGAGUUUACUUACCGUUUAGAUCUCGAUAGACCAACUUGGAAAUCGCCUGACUUUUUCCCUGCCGCGUGCAAGUUUGUUCCAACCUCUCCAAAUCACAGAGAAGCAGUUAUCAAUGCUUGUGUAUAUGUCCACCAGACGCUACACAAAGCCAAUGUUAGACUAGCUAAAAGAGGUGGACGUACAAUGGCUAUUACUCCAAGACACUAUCUAGACUUUAUCCAUCAUUUUGUCAAAUUACACAACGAGAAAAGAUCAGAUUUGGAAGAACAGCAGCUACAUCUGAACGUUGGUCUGAACAAAAUUGCAGAAACCGUGGAACAGGUCGAAGAAAUGCAAAAGAGCCUCGCGGUAAAAUCUCAGGAACUGCAGGCAAAGAACGAAGCUGCCAAUGCGAAAUUGAAGCAGAUGGUGAAAGACCAGCAAGAGGCCGAGAAGAAGAAAGUACAGAGUCAAGAAAUUCAGCAACAACUGGCUGAGCAAACUGUCCACAUUGAACAGAAGCGUACAGAAGUCAUGGCGGAUUUAGCACAAGUGGAACCGGCUGUAAUUGAUGCUCAAACUGCCGUAAAGUCCAUCAAAAAGCAACAGCUCGUCGAAAUCCGUUCUAUGUCGAACCCGCCGGCCAUCGUAAAGCUCGCUCUCGAAUCCAUUUGCCUUUUGCUGGGCGAGAACGCCAGCGAUUGGAAGUCCAUUCGAUCGGUGAUUAUGCGCGACAAUUUCAUCAACACGGUCGUCAACAAUUUCAACACGGAGGACAUUAGUGACGACGUUCGCGACAAGAUGAAGUCGAAGUACCUCAGCAAUCCAGACUACAACUUCGAAAAAGUAAAUCAUGCCAGUAACGCUUGCGGUCCUCUUGUCAAGUGGGCCAUGGCCCAAAUUCAAUACGCUGACAUGUUGAAGAAGGUCGAACCCUUACGUCAAGAACUUAGCUCUCUCGAAACCCAAGCCGAAACAAACAAAAAGCGUGGAGAGGAAGUCAAGAAUCUAAUCAGCCAACUGGAACACAGUAUCGCAUCCUACAAAGAUGAAUACGCACAGCUGAUUGCCCAGGCUCAAGCUAUCAAGACCGACUUGGAGAACGUACAGGCUAAAGUUGACCGUUCCAUUGCGUUAUUGAAGUCGUUGGUUAUUGAACGAGAAAGAUGGGAAGCCACGAGCGAAACUUUUAGAGCCCAAAUGUCAACUAUCGUAGGUGACGUGCUUUUAUCUGCAGCCUUUAUCGCUUAUGGUGGUUACUUCGAUCAGCACUACCGGCAAAAUCUGUUCAUGGCGUGGUGCCAGCAUUUAACUCAGGCUUCUAUUCAAUACAGGCCCGACAUUGCCAGAACCGAAUACCUGUCUAAUCCGGAUGAAAGAUUAAGAUGGCAAGCUAAUGCGCUACCCUCAGAUGACCUAUGUACUGAAAAUGCCAUCAUGUUGAAGAGAUUCAACAGGUACCCACUUAUAAUCGAUCCUUCAGGCCAGGCAACUGACUUCAUUAUGAACGAAUAUAAAGAUAAGAAAAUAACAAAGACGAGUUUCUUGGAUGAUUCCUUCAGGAAGAAUCUCGAAUCAGCCCUACGUUUUGGAAACCCACUUUUAGUUCAAGACGUUGAAAACUACGACGCUAUAUUGAACCCAGUUCUAAACAGAGAACUGCGACGAACAGGAGGUCGAGUUUUAAUAACCCUUGGCGAUCAAGACAUUGAUUUGUCUCCGUCGUUUAUUAUUUUCUUAUCUACUCGUGAUCCCACUGUUGAAUUCCCACCGGACAUAUGCUCGAGGGUUACUUUCGUCAACUUCACCGUUACAAGAAGUUCUUUACAGAGCCAGUGUUUGAAUCAAGUACUAAAAGCCGAGAGGCCCGACAUCGAUGCUAAGCGUUCUGAUUUGCUUAAACUUCAAGGCGAAUUCCAUUUGAGGUUGAGGCAGUUGGAGAAAUCCCUACUACAAGCCUUGAAUGAUGCUAAAGGCAAGAUCCUGGACGAUGAUAGCGUGAUAACAACUCUGGAAACUUUGAAAAAAGAAGCCGCAGAAAUCGGGCAGAAAGUCGAAGAAACUGACAAGGUCAUAUCAGAAAUCGAGGCAGUUUCUCAGCAGUACUUACCGUUGUCGCAAGCUUGCAGCAACACGUAUUUCACGAUGGAUAGUCUUAACCAAGUCCAUUUCUUAUACCAAUAUUCCCUGCAGUUCUUUUUGGAUAUGUUCAACAGUGUAUUGUUGAGCAAUCCAAAAUUAGAUGGCACUUCCGACUAUCAACAAAGAUUGACUAUAAUAACUACUGACUUAUUCCAAGUUGUAUAUGAAAGGAUAGCACGGGGAAUGAUACACAACGACAGAUUGACGUUUGCAAUUCUUCUGAGUAGAAUUUUCCUGAAAGGUCUUCCUAACGAACCUAAUUACGAUCAAGAAUUCAAUUUCUUCUUGAGGGCGAAGGAAGGUCUUUUGAGUUCAUCCACUGGGCCUAUUGUGGACGGACUAAACAGCGAACAACAAGAAGCGCUGACAAGACUAUCAACAAGAUUGCCAGCUUUUAAGAAACUUCCUGAAAAGAUCAAAGAAAUGCCCGAGUUCGGUGCUUGGCUUCAACAGAGCACACCCGAGCAAGCCGUGCCUGGUUUGUGGAUAGAAGAGAAGCAAUUAAGUCCGAUUGGUACAGCAAUGUACCAGCUACUCGUUAUUCAAGCUUUCAGACCGGACAGAGUCAUAGCUGCAGCUACACUCUUUGUUUCUAGUGUUAUGGGACAAGACUAUCUAGCAUCUGCCGAGAAGGAGAUUGAUUUAGGUGUUAUCGUGGAGAAAGAAAUUAAAGCUAGUGUUCCGGUUCUCCUAUGCUCAGUACCUGGAUUUGAUGCCUCAGGUAGAGUAGACGACUUAGCUACUGAACUCAACAAGCAAAUAUCCAGCAUUGCUAUUGGUUCUGCGGAAGGAUUUAAUCAAGCAGAUAGAGCUAUUAACAUGGCCUGCAAAACUGGAAGAUGGGUUAUACUUAAAAACGUACACCUGGCACCACAGUGGUUAGUUCAACUGGAAAAGAAACUACAUUCUCUUCAACCUCACGCCAACUUUAGGUUAUUCCUAACUAUGGAAAUUAACCCUAAACUUCCUGUCAACCUGUUACGAGCCGGAAGAAUAUUUGUAUUUGAGCCUCCGCCAGGCAUCAGAGCUAACUUAUUAAGAACAUUUAGCACAGUACCAGCAAGCAGAAUGAUGAAAGCUCCCAACGAAAGAGCAAGGCUGUACUUCCUGCUCGCUUGGUUCCAUGCAAUUGUUCAAGAAAGACUGAGAUACUGUCCGUUGGGAUGGGCUAAGUAUUACGAAUUUAGUGAAUCUGAUCUGAGGGUUGCCUGUGAUACUCUUGACACUUGGAUUGAUGCUACGGCAAUGGGAAGAACAAAUUUGCCACCAGAAAAAGUGCCAUGGGAUGCUUUGGUUACUCUUCUUUCUCAAUCUAUCUAUGGUGGAAAAAUCGACAACGGUUUCGAUCAACGACUUCUGCAAUCAUUCCUUAACAAACUCUUCACUUUCAAAAGUUUUGAAGCUGAUUUUGCUCUGGUUGCUAACAUUGAUAAUGGACCUAACGGUACUAGACACAUUACUAUGCCAGAUGGAACCAGACGCGAUCAUUUCUUAAAAUGGAUUGAAAGUCUAGCGGAUAGGCAAACUCCUGCAUGGCUCGGACUACCAAAUAAUGCUGAAAAAGUGCUGUUGACAACAAGAGGUACUGAUCUGAUUGGUAAAUUGCUUAAAAUGCAGCAGUUAGAAGACGAUGAUGAGCUUGCAUAUUCGAUGGACGAAUCUUCACCAACCGAUCCCAAGGCUCAAAUUGAUGGUAGGCCGUCGUGGAUGAAAACCUUACAUAACUCUGCCCUGACAUGGCUCCAACUUUUACCAAAAUCUUUACACACGCUAAAAAGGACCGUCGAAAAUAUUAAGGAUCCUCUCUACAGAUACUUUGAGCGCGAAGUGAAUUCUGCGUCUAAACUAUUAAUAGAUGUCAUUCACGAUUUGAAUGACGUUCUUUUAAUUUGCCAAGGUGAUAAAAAACAAACCAACUACCAUCGUACUUUGUUGGAAGAACUCGUCAGAGGUAUCAUUCCGGCUAACUGGCAUAGGUACACUGUACCCAAAGGGUGCACGGUUAUCCAGUGGAUUACCGACUUCAGCAAUAGAGUUAAGCAACUUCAACAAAUAUCCCAGGUGGUUUCCAGUUCUGGAGCAAAGGAACUACAGAGUUUUCCAGUUUGGUUAGGCGGGCUUCUCAAUCCCGAAGCCUGGAUAACGGCUACUAGACAAUGCGUAGCCCAGGCUAAUAGUUGGUCCUUGGAGGAACUUCAUUUGGAUGUUACUAUCACCGAUUCCCAUGACAAAUCUAGCAUUCCGCAUGACUGUUUUGCUAUUGUUGGACUGAAACUACAAGGUGCCCAAUGUAAGAACAACCAGCUCCUUCUUACAUCCAGUAUAAUGUCGGAACUACCCAUAACCCUACUGCGCUGGGCUAGAACUGGAGACGAAAAACCUUCCGGUAGCAAGCUCUCCCUACCGAUCUACCUAAAUUCCACAAGAACAGAGUUACUCUACACGGUAGACCUCAACAUAGCACCGGGCCAAGACCCGCAUAGCUUCUAUGAGCGCGGUGUAGCGCUGCUUACAUCAACUGCUUUAAAUUAAAAUUAUUAGUACUUAUUUUGCGUUAAUGGUUAAGUUUAUUUAUAUUAAUAAUAAGAAUUAAAAAAAAACACGGUCAUAUUCAAAUAAAAACUAUAUUUAAUGUCUAAAUUUUGAAUUGCUAACAAAAAUAUAACAAAGUAAUCUAAAAAAUAAAAUCACCAAAAGUAUAUCACGUACAGCGUUUCAUUUUGUCCCUUCUUCUACACUUCUUUUCGUGUCCAUAGAAAUUAAAAACUGCUAAGUUUCAAUUUCUACACUUCUACAUCCAAUAUUUCAUUAAUAAUUGCUGGUUAUAUUAGUAUUACUUAACAUUUUUUAAUACAGGUUUGACUUAAAUGAAAGAGGAACUUUGUAAAAUAAUUAAAUCUAAUAUUGUAAUAUACCUACAGUGUGUACCAAAAUGUUCACAAUAAAUGGGAUAUUUUAUUAUUGAAUUACCUAAAGAAAGUACAAGAAGGAUCCAUUCAAUAUGCUCUUUAACGAAAAAAUGCAACUUUGUUACAAAUUCAAAAAUUCCAAUUUGUUACAACCACCCCUAAAAAUAUUUGCACUUAUUUAACUCACCCUGUAUUAUGCUAAAAAUUGCCCUAUUUAAGGUAUAUCUCUUUUUAGAUUCAUAUUAUGUGCCAAUUCUAAACUCAUGGCGAUAUUUUGUCACCUAACUGUACUUUUGAAUACAUAAAAGACAUAUUAGCAUUUUUUCUGUAUUAUUGGGCAUGUUCAAUGGAUUCCGCAUAUGUUUAUCAAGAGUUCAACAGUUAUUCCCAUUUUUGAGAAACAUUCUAAUACAGACUGUAGUUGUCAUUAUUUAACUGUCUUGUUAUUAAAGGGCAAAAAUAUGCUUACUGAAUUAUCAGAAAAGAUAUCGUUGAGUUAAACACUUAAAAUCCUUCUAGAAACAUAAAAUAUAUCACUGUAAAUAUACUUAUUUCAUUAGCAGAGAUCCCAGCCAAAUUUGCUAUAAUCAAGAGAUUGGAAAGUGACAAGAGAAGACAUACUAAAUUAUUUUUAAUUCCAUUUUAGUAUCAGCAGUCAAAUGAUAUAUUUGGUACAGGUAAAUGAAGUAGAGCUACCAAAUAUAUCCAAAUUUAGUUAUAAACUUUGAAAAACAAACCCAGAAAAAAUAUUUUACAGUAAAUUAAACAUAAAUUUGUCAACAAAUAGAGCACACAAAUAGAGUGAUGGCUUAAUAUGGACAUACUAAAAACUAGAACAAUGGUUAAACAUACCUUAGAUCAUAUUAUAUGAUCUAGGAUGCAUAUUAUGCAUAUCACAUUAAAAAUAAUUUUACUGUAAAUAUAGGUAUUGACGCAAAAAGUAUAAAGAGAGACUAAGAGUGUACAAAAGUGCUAAGACCUAAAUAUCGCGAAUUUAGCAAUUUGUUCCUAACUAAAAUUUACGCAUAUGCAAUCACAAAAGUUUUAAUAGAAAGAGUUGUAUACAAUGUUCAGCCAUUGUUCAACGUCACGUCAUAUAUUGUCGAAAUUGUCUCUCAAUCACUUGACAACCAGAUGAAAGAGAUUGGUGACGUCAUUACGGCAUUUUAGUAAUUGUCCUUUGAUUUGACAUCGAUCAAUUACAAAUUGUUGCUGUCAAACAAAAUUCAAUUUUUUUUAUUGCCAAAAUGCCCCAAAGAUUUAAUCAAAAUGAACAAGAGCUCAUUGCUAAGCUUAUAAAUUAUAUUUCUCGAGAAAGAGACGCUGGUAGAACACUCUUGCCCGUGGACGCCGUAUAUGAAGUAAGUACAAUGCAAAAAUGUAAUAUUCCCUAUGUAAAAUAUAAAUUGAUAGCAUUUUUAAAUAAUAUAGCGAGUUGCUGAUGCUGUAGCAAUAAGAAUUUCAACAGUCCAAAGGAUUGGAACUAAAGGGAUCGUAAGUGAU